AUCAAUGAAAGAAUAUUUUACAUUUGUUUCGAUCAUACACAUCAUCAACUAUAAUUCGGUUUAAUAGAAUAUUUUUUUUGUUAAGAAAGAUCUUUCUAUACUUAAGAAUAGUCUUCAAUAAAGAAUUCAAUUAUCGAAAUGUUUUAGUAUAACUGACCGCUAUUCAUACUGUUGAUGGAAUAGAAAAAAAACAUAAAAUAUUUAUAUUAUCGUUCUUACCGAAAUAAUGAUUGACGAUACAACUGUAAGACGAAGAAAGACUUUCAGCCUUAAAGAUGUUAAAGAGCUAGACGCAUUUCCUAAAGUCUCUGACAGCUAUCAAGAGACGAGAGUCUCAGGAGGUGGAGUUUCCCUGGUAACUUUUACAAUAAUACUUAUAUUGACAUUUUCUGAAAUAAUGAGAUACUUAAGAAGUGACGUGAAGUAUGAUUAUGAAGUAGAUAGAGCACACGAAGGAAAAAUUCAAUUAAAUAUUGAUAUUACUGUUGCAAUGCAAUGUGCCAAUAUUGGUGCAGAUGUCUUAGAUGUUACCAAUGAGAACGUUCUAAUGACUUCUUCAACUCUUGAAGAGGAAGAUACAUAUUUCGAUUUAACGCCAAGACAGAGAAACUAUUAUUCUAUGAUGCAAAAGUAUUCUACAUACUUGAAAGAUCAAUAUCAUUCAUUACAUAAACUCCUUUGGAAAACUGGAUAUAUGGUUGGUCUGAGAACUUCAAGACCAGAAAGAGAAAUCAAACCAACAACACAACCGGAUGCCUGCCGAAUUCAUGGAACUUUAGAGAUUAAUAAGGUAGCAGGAAAUUUUCAUGUUACAGCUGGAAAACCGGUUCCCGUUAUCCCUAGGGGCCAUGCUCACUUUGCUUUCAUUAAAGAGCGGGACUAUAACUUUUCUCACCGUAUCGAUCAUUUUUCUUUCGGUCGAAGAACUCCUGGAUUAAUUUAUGCUUUGGAUUACGAUGAACGAGUAACAAUGAACAAUUUGUACAUGGCUCAAUAUUUCUUGCAAGUUGUACCAACUUCUGUCAAUACGUUUAUCUCUCAAGUUGAUACCUAUCAAUUUGCUGUCACUCAUAAGAACAGAACAAUAAAUCAUUCUAAAGGUAGCCAUGGAGUACCUGGAAUUUUCUUCAAAUAUGAUUUAUCGCCAAUUAAAGUUAAAAUAACUGAAGAAAAAAGAGGUUUUGGAAGAUUAUUAAUUCGCCUUGCCGGAAUAGUUGGCGGUGUGUUUGCAACAUCUUCUAUAUUACAUUCACUUCUUUGUUCUGGAAUCGAUUUAAUAUGCUGUAGAUUUAAGAAAUCUACCCCAGAUCAAAUUCCUGCUCAGAGCAGUCUAAUUACGCCACCGUUCGACAGUGGUGAUACUGUUCCGGCUGUUGUUCCCACUCAGCCUGCUACAUCUUAA